UCUCUUUUUCUCCACCAGACCUGACUAUGCAUUUCAAGGGAGCAGGCCCUGUUCUCUUUGCAUUCCUGGCCAUUGCCUUCAUUGUUGAGACCUAUGCCGCUGACUACAAGACCUUCCUAAGGCAGCACUACGACAACCCCAAGAGCAACGUAGGGAGACGUUACUGCGAUACCAUGAUGCAAAGGCGUGGGAUGACCAAACCCAAGUGCAAGGCGGUGAACUCCUUCGUCCAUGCAUCCAAGAAACAAAUAAUUGCUGUGUGUGGCAAACAAGGGAAACCUUACGGCAAUGGGUUGCGACGUAGCAUCAAGAAGUUCUCUGUCACUACCUGCAAGCACCAAGGUGGCUCAACUCGCCCACCUUGUAGAUACAAAGAGAACAAGUCCACUAGAUAUAUUGUUAUCCGUUGCUCAAAGGGAAAGCCUGUUCAUCUUGAUAAAACCCAAAUCUAACCAUGUGAGUUUGUCAGUGUUAUGCUUAACACAACUCAAUGAGAAUAACUGAGCCUAUAAACCUAUCAGAAUAUUUUAACUAAUGUUGGUUAAUUGCAUACUUUUCUUUUUUGCUUCUCAAUUCCUGUGCUAUCUUUGCUCCCAUUUCAUCUUUCGAUAUUGAAUCUAAAAAUGCAUAUGAAAAGAAACUCUUGAGUUUCCUUCUAGUAUGUCAUCCAUGUCUAUCCUGAUUUGUGCUAAAUACAUAAACCU